AUUUCACCCCAGCCACGCGACCGCGUGCUCCACGCAAUCGCGUGGAUUUGAAUUAUAACCCCCCUGUCACGCGAACCCUAACCCGCUGCCACCGCCGCCGCGCCGGACGCCACCACCGCCACCCCCAGCCACCUCUCUGCCCCACUCUCCUUCUUUGCCCACCAGGAUGUCUGCCUCCCAGAGGAAAGGAAAAGGCAAGGCUACUACUGGCAAGCAUAAAAGAGGAGAAUCCUCCAUGUCCAUCAUCGAUCUGAUGCAUGACUCCUCCUGGAGGGAGAAAAACAUUACCCAACAAGAGAAAGCUGACCAGCUUCUCCCUGCCAAUGAUCCAGUGAAAUUUACAAACCAGUAUUGUGAGCUGAAGUAUCCGGUGUUUGCAACCUCCAGGAACCUAUACCUGGAGAGGAAUUUGAAGAUCCCAGGAGAACUCCAGCAAUACACCACUGAGCAAAUCAAACAAAGAGGCUGGUUCUUUCUGGAGAGAAAUUUGGUUGAGGUGAACGCAUCUUGGAUAAGGGAAUUCUACUGCAACCACUUCUUGACUUCCUUGGAUGUAGUACACCUAAGGGGAAAACAGAUUCUGGUCACUGAAGAGGCCAUAGAGGACAUUCUACAGCUCCCACCCAAGUCUGAUCAGCCGGAUGGUUACAAAAAGGCUAAGGAGGACAUGCGUUUCUUGAGGUUUGAUUAGGAUGCUGUCAAGGCAAGGAUAGCCCUUGACCCGACUAUUCCGUGGGAAAUGCGUCAAGAUACCACCAUGGCUAAGGGAAUCAAGCGGAUUUACUUAAAUGAUGAGGCUCGGCUAUGACACCAGAUCUUGAGCAACUAUGUGAUGCCGAGUACUCAUGAGACAGAGAUUCUGGCUGCUAUGAUCACCCUCCUAUGGUGUGUGAUGGAGGAUAAGGACCUGUACUUGCCACAAUUUAUCCGACAUUAUAUGGCCAAGGUCCACGUCCGAGGCACUCUCCCUUUUCCCUAUUUGGUGACACAGUUGGGCCGUCGAGCUGACGUGCCAUGGGAGGAUGCAGAUGAGAGACCACCGGCUGCUGACUGUAGGAAGAUCAUUCCUCACAGUAGGAACUUCCUAGCUUUGGGCUACAAACCACCACCCUUCACCGCUACUGAUGAGACAGCCCCACCGUCUGCCGGACCCUCUUCCUCCACAGCUGCCCCUGCUGCCUCCAUUGCACCUCCUCUGCCUCAGAUGGAGCGUCGUAACCGGUGCCAGUAUGAGAAAUCGGAGCAUCGCAGCAAGCGACGCUAUGAGCAUCUAAAGCUGAUAAUCCGACAGGGCAGUGACAUCCCCUCCGAGCCUGACACACCAUCAGAGCCAUCAGAGGAGGAGGCAGAUGAGCACGAGGAGGAGACUCAUUCCCAGGAGGAGACCCAUCCGCAGGCAGGCACAGAGCAGGCUACUUCCCAGGCAGAGGUUCCACAGCAGAUUGAGGCUGCAGAUCCUGAGAUCCCGAUCCAGUCAGCACCCCGUCUACAGCAGCCAGACCCUCAGCCCACCACCACCAAGACUCUAGCUACUAUUCCUACCAGUGAUGACACCCUUUCACACCCGGCUUGACUGAGCAUCAGGGACGAUGCUCCAUUUUAAGUGUGGGGAGGUCGCCAUCUCUGGCGUAUUAUCUUGGUGAACCACUACAGACUCUUUUCUUUUAUUUUGGAUAUUUUUCUAUAUUUUUCUUUUCUAUUGUUAUUUUCUGAGUACUUAUACAUUGCUACUUUUAUGUAUUUCUACUCUUUUUCUGCAUUUUGCAUUUUUAAUUCAUAUUUUAGCCAUUUAGUUUAGUUUGCAGUUCUAACUUAUUAGCUAUAGAGUAUGUGGAUUAAUUAGUAUAGUUUACCCUUU